AUGAGCAAAAAAUAUGAAUCAGCAAACAUCUCAGAGGUGGAGGACCACAUUUCUCUCAAAUAUGAAAUCAAGAAGAGACUUGGCAAAGGGGCUUACGGCAUUGUGUGGAAAGCCACUGACCGGCAGACGGGGGAGACCGUGGCCGUGAAAAAGAUCUUUGAUGCUUUUCGAAACAGGACCGACGCUCAGAGAACAUUCAGAGAGGUCAUGUUCCUUCAGGAGUUUGGAGAUCACCCGAACAUCGUCAAGCUCCUGGAUGUUAUCCGGGCACAGAACGAUAAAGACAUCUACCUGGUGUUUGAGUAUAUGGGUGAGUGUCGGCAGCCUAUCUGCGGUGGGCCUGACCCCUUUGGCUCGGCCCUGAAAAGCUGCUUACGCAAGUGCUGUGUGAAAGAGCUUUUGCUCUCCUUGGCUGGAUGGCUGCGUAAUACUGCUGAGCACAGGGGCCACCACAUCCACAAACGCUAUGUGAUGUACCAGCUCCUCAAAGCAAACAAAUACCUACAUUCAGGAAAUGUUAUCCACAGGGACCAAAAGCCGUCCAACGUGCUCCUGGACACCGACUGCGUCGUCAAGCUGUGCGACUUUGGUUUGGCCAGGUCCAUCAACCAGAUCCAAGAAGACAGUGGGAAUCCAGCACUAACGGAGUACGUGGCCACGAGGUGGUACCGGGCCCCCGAGAUCCUGCUGGGAUCCUCCAGGUACACUAAAGGUGUGGACAUGUGGAGUCUUGGUUGCAUUCUGGGAGAAAUGCUGUUGGGAAAAGCCCUGUUUCCUGGAACAUCUACCAUCAACCAGAUAGAGAAGAUAAUGAGUGCCAUCCCUCAUCCCAGCCCAGAAGACAUCCUCGCCAUCAGACCACAGGUGCCUUUGGAGGAUCUCCUCCAACCAUCCGUCCCUCGUGAUGCUCUCGACCUGCUCAGUCGUUUGUUAGUUUUCAACCCAGACAAGCGGCUGACAGCAGAACAAGCCCUCCAACACCCCUAUGAGCCGGCGCUCCGCCACGACGUGGUUCUGCCGGUGGACGAUGACGUGCAGCUUUCUGUGAUCCAGUACCGCAACAAGCUGUACGAGAUGAUACUAGAGAAAAGAACUAAUGAGGGGAUUCUGACACUGCCAAAGGAUGGAGGUUUUGCGAGCGGCUGCGAGAAGCUCACCGUCAGACAUGAUAAAGGAGAGAAGGGCCCAGUGGCAGCAGGCUGCCAUGGAGACAGCACCCAUGAGGGGAAACCUCAGCCCCAGCCGGCCACCGAGUCAAACCAGGAGCCUUCUCAUCCAGCGGGCACCAAACCUCGGGCUUUAAAUGCCUCCACCUCCUCUUCUGAGGAGCAGGCAAGCCCAGGAGCUGAUGGUUUUGUUCGGGCUCCGACUGGUUUUCCUCAGUACUGCCCCUCUUACUCAGCCAGCAGGAAGCAGGUGGGACCGGUCAAUAAUGGAGGAGCCACCACACCACCAGCAGAGGGCGCCGCCACAAACCUGUCUACAGACCAAACCCAACCGCGUGGACGCUCAGCCCCUGUGCCCCAUAACAGGUCCUUCUCUUUGACCCUAAACCAAAUCCAGAAUAACCCACUAGUCCGCAAGGAAGAGGCUCCUCUGUCCGCUGGGCUGCAUGUUACAUCAGCCCGCCUGAACCAGCGAUCCAGUCCUCAGGUCCGGGAGGCCCGGCCCCCCCCACGGUUCAGCAAGAAGGUGUUUCAGAAUAACUGUAACGUGGCUGCGGCCGGUGACCCACGAGCCAAACUGGGAAGCUAUUCCCAGGCCUACGGGACCAUCAACAAGACAGAGCUGGACAAUCUGCUUCAAAACCGCCCGUACAACCAUUAG